AUGGCUGGAGUUAGUUUACAGGAUAAAUUUCAAAAGAGUACUGAUGACUCUCACAUAGACAUGAAAGCCUUCGAUUUUGUCUUCUUGUUCAACAAAAGCAUUGGAAGUUCUAAGGUGUUUUACUUUAUGAUAGAUCCCUGGAUGAAUAAUAGACUAUUUCCAAAAUGUAACGUCAUGCGGUUUAGUAAACUGGCAAAUUUGGUGCAUUUUAAAGCAAUAGAAUUGGACGGAUAUCUUUACAUUAUUGGUGGAAAAGAUUGGGAAACUGGGGAGCACCGCAGUGACACCUGGCGUUACGAUCCCGGAAGUGCUAAAUGGACCGGAAGAGCUAGGAUGAACACCGCUAGGUGUCGUCACACAGCCGAUGUUCUUAAUGGCUGUAUAUACGUUACAGGAGGAGAGGUGCAUGGUGGGAAGGUCUCCGAUAGUUGUGAGAAGUAUGACCCAAUUAAGGAUAAAUGGAUUGAGGUUGAACCCAUUCCACGUCCUCGCGCAGACCAUGCCGCAUGCGUAAACGGAGGAAAUCUGUACGUUUCCGGUGGGAUCAGCAACCUUAAACAUCAGUGCUCAAAUGUCUUCUGGAUGUACGAUCCAAUCAUGAACGAAUGGACAGAGCCGAUAAUUGGUGUCAUUUUACCCCACGAAAGGGAAAAACACUGCAUGGUUCCAGUGGGGAAGAAAAUCUACAUUAUGGGAGGUAGGGGCUUUGAUCAGGAGACAUUUUCAGAGAAAGAUGAAGCAGCUAUAUCCAGCUAUAAUACAAAAUGUCGAGGCGACUUCCGGCGAGAUGCAUGCUGGGAUGUGAAUCAUCCAAAUAUGAACCAACCAAGAGCUCAUGGAGGAGCAGUUUUGCUGGGUCAUAAUAUAUAUAUGAUUGGUGGCAAGAGCUUUCAGCGGGAUUGUGAUGUGCUAUCUGUUGAGUGUUACAACACCAAGAGAAGGAAAUCUCGCGAGAUGUUUACACUUCCGCCGAGUGACAAUUACGUCAACUGCGACUGCGUGAUACUCAAGGUGCCAAUAACAAAUAAAGACAUUAAUUUUAACGACGUGCUAUUGUUUGAUAAAUGGAUCAUGUGGUGAAACAUUUUUAAGAAA